UCUCAGUUUCUCUUUCUUGUUUCACCCUGAAAAACCAACCCACCCACCUCCUCUUGUCUUCUUCUUUCUUUUACAAUAAUAUACUUUCCUUUUUCUUUCUUGCUAAAAUCUUUAAAUCAAAAUCUUCAAUCUAACUUUCAACCUCCUCCUCUUUCUCUCACACACACUGAACUAGCCUACAAACAAAAUUCAAAAUGGGUGAAGAAGAAGAAGUAAUUAUUAGAAGAAACAAACCAAGAAAAAAACAUCCAAUAGUAGUCCCACCACCGACAAUUUCAUCCUUAAUUUCCACAAAUGAUAACCAAAAUUCCAUCAAGAAAAUUAAGAGUAAGAAAAAUUGGACUAUAUCAAGUAGAUUUAGAGGGUUGGGGUGCUCGGCCGGAGGACACCCGCAGGUCGUGUCGGUUCCGGCCAUCAUAAGGUCCUCUGCCAGUUGGCAUGACCCACCAAAGCCUAAAGUUAUUACUAAUAAUAGAAAUAUGAAAUUGAAGAUGAAAAAUUGUAUUUCUUCUUCUAAUUCUAAUUCUAAUUCAAGUGGUGAAGUUGGGUUGGGAUGUUUGGCGGCUGUUCCUGAUGUAAAUGUUUUCUGUGGGCCCCCUGGUAUCGGGUUUUCAACUGAUGCUGUUUCUUCUUCUUCUUCGGAUUUUGUUGUUUCUACACGAACUAGUGCCACUACUAAUAAUCCUGAAAUUAUCCGCCAGAGAGGUUCAUAUGGUGGAAGAAGAAUGGUGCAUCCUGAAGAUGUUCCUUUUUUUGAUACCGACUCUGAAAUUCCACACCCGCAUCGUUCAUUUGGAGCUCGACAUCGGCGCCAUCUUAGACAUCUUCAUCAUCAUCAUCAUCAUCGUUCUCAUGAGGGCCUUGCUGAGAUUGCUAGGCUCCAAGGUAAUUUACUUAUGAGGGGAAGAUCAGAUGAUGACCAAUACAGGGACUGGAGGCUUGAUGUUGAUAGCAUGUCUUACGAGGAACUAUUGGCACUUGGUGACAAAAUCGGUUAUGUGUGUACCGGUUUAAAAGAUGAUGAGAUACGGCGGUGUGUCAAGAAAAUCAUGACAACCAUGGUGUCUGAGGAUAAGUCAUCGUCUCGCAUACAAAUUGAGACACAUUCGAAGUGUACCAUUUGUCAGGAGGAAUUUGAAGGGGAUGACGAGAUUGGUAAGCUUGAUUGUGGUCAUUUCUAUCACAUGACUUGCAUAAAACAAUGGCUGGGGAAAAAGAAAACGUGUCCCGUCUGUAAAGUGGAGGUCUAUGCUCAACAAUAGGCUGGUAAAUUUUUCGAUAGGUCACUUAAUGUGCAUAAAACUUUUAGCUCCGUGAAAAAGAAAAGAGAAUCAUUCUUCUGGUUUACAUUUAUGUUCCAUUUAUGCUUGCUUAACAUGAUUUUACUGGUCUCAAGGGCAUUUGUUGAACUUAAUACAGUUAUUACAAGUGAUUUGAUUUGCUUUCA